ACGUGCCUGACCCACGCAGGGCAGUGGGAAGUGUAAAGUCCAUUUACCCACUUUCUUCCUGCAAAUGAACCUUCAUUGAUUCUCUCCAUUGGCAAUCUAGGGUUUUUUUCUCCCUUCUGAAUUUCUGCUUUUCCUCUUCCUCCUCCUCUUCUUCUCCUUAAUCACUUUCCUUUUCUUUCCCUUCUUCUUCGUUGUCGGCAUGAAGCUUACGGUUAAGACCCUCAAAGGAAGUCACUUUCAAAUCGAGGUUCAGCCUACAGACACCGUAUUGGGUGUAAAGAAGAACAUUGAAAAUGUACAAGGAAAAGAUAGUUAUCCUUGUGGUCAGCAAUUAUUAAUCCACAAUGGGAAGGUUUUGAAAGAUGAAACAACGCUGACAGAGAACAAGGUUACCGAAGAUGGUUUUCUUGUUGUUAUGCUUAGUAAGAGUAAAGCACCUGGUUCAACUGGGUCAUCAUCUACUCAGACGACUACCAAUGUACCUACAACUACUCCAACACCAAAUCCUACAUCGAUUCCUCAAGCUCCCACACAACCAGCAGCCUCAAGGAAUGUUGCUAUUUCAGAUGUGCCAACUGCAAAUGCUCAAAUCGAUACAUAUGGACAAGCUGCGUCAAAUUUAGUUUCUGGAAACAAUCUUGAGCAGACUAUUCAAGAAAUAAUGGAUAUGGGUGGUGGCAACUGGGAUAGAGAAACAGUUACUCGUGCACUUCGAGCAGCCUAUAAUAAUCCUGAGCGGGCAGUAGAUUAUUUGUACUCUGGUAUUCCAGAAACCGCAGAAGUUGCAGCCCCCGUGGCUCGUCCACCGACUAGCCAGCCUAUAGAAACAGGUGGUGCGACUGCUCCUGUUUCUGGAGGUCCCAACUCGUCUCCCCUCAAUAUGUUUCCACAGGAGUCCCUUGCUGCUGCCGCUGGUGGUGGUGGAGGUAGCCUUGGAUCCCUUGAGUUCCUUAGAAACAACCCACAGUUUCAAGCAUUGCGGUCUAUGGUGCAAGCAAAUCCACAAAUAUUACAGGCUAUGCUUCAGGAGCUUGGGAAGCAGAACCCUCAACUUUUGAGAUUGAUCCAGGAUCAUCAAGCAGAGUUUCUCCAGUUAAUAAAUGAGCCUCUUGAGGGCUUCGAAGGGGAUCUCUUUGACCAGCCUGAUCAAGACAUGCCUCAUGCUAUCAAUGUCACACCAGCUGAGCAGCAAGCGAUUGAACGACUGGAAGCAAUGGGGUUUGAUAGGGAUCAAGUCAUUGAGGCAUUUUUAGCUUGUGAUCGCAACGAGGAAUUGGCUGCCAACUACCUUUUGGAACAUGGUGGCGAAUUUGAGGAUUAAAUGGUAACGUCGAGCGUGGCGUAAUUAGACAUUUGGAAAAGGUGGGUUUUCUUGAUUUCGAUUGAUUAUUCUUUGAACAGAAUUGAAGUUAUGUUGUUCAAUGAGGAAGAAAAAUGAGGAAAUCCCAACAGUCACUGGACGAAAGAGCACUCCAGUUCUACUUAUUGUUUAUCUGUUUGGAUUUGUUCGAUAACUUUGGUUUAAAUUUAGAUUUAUAUUAUUAAUUUAUUAUAUACAUCUUUUUUAGGUUAAA